AUGUUGGAUCCAUUUCCACCCCCGCCAGCAUGGCUGCGGGAUUUCGUCGAGCCUUGGGCGCUUUAUUACAACGUUCCGGCUCUGACGGAGCAUGCUCACGAAGUCGUUAUUGCUUUUGCCGGCUACCUCUUUAUCCACUUUAUCUUGUCCCCCGUUCUGUCUCCGGUGUUGUUUCCCCGUCACUACCCGAAACUCAAUCCCCGGACCAAGCUCAACUGGGAUGUUCAUGUCGUCUCGCUGGUGCAGAGCACCUUUAUCAAUGGCAUGGCCCUUUGGGUCAUGUUUGUCGAUGAAGACCGGGCUUCUAUGAACACUCCUGAACGUGUCUAUGGAUACACUGGAGCCUGUGGACUGGUGUCCGCCUUCGCUGCCGGAUACUUUGUCUACGAUCUGAUCGUGAGCACGAUCUACGUGAAGCUCUUUGGGAUCGGAAUGCUUUUCCAUGGCAUUAGCGCCCUGUGGGUGUUCAGUUUCGGAUUUAGACCAUUCGUGAACUUCUACUCCCCUGUCUUCAUCCUCUAUGAGCUCUCCAGCCCCUUCCUCAAUAUCCACUGGUUCCUCGACAAGGUCAACAUGACCGGCAGCAACCUGCAGUGGUACAACGGCAUGAUGCUUCUCUUCACCUUCUUCAGCUGCCGUCUCCUUUGGGGCACCUACCAGUCCGUCGCCGUCUAUCGGGACAUGUGGUACGCCUUGAAACAGACUUGGGAUGCCACCGCAGCUGCUACUCCCCUCGAGCCCGUCGAUAUCACCUCUCAAGUCUUCCAAGUCCGCGGAGGCAGCGGCAGUGAAAUGGCCAAGUACGCCUCCUUCACCGCCGGCGGCGUCCCCACCUGGCUGGUUCUGACUUACGUGAUCUCGAACGUGGUCCUCAACUUCCUGAACUACUUCUGGUUCUCCAAGAUGGUCGAGACCGUCCUGAAGCGGUUCCGCGGGCCCGCUGAGAAGUCCGGACCGGCCGGUAAGCCCUCCAAGGAGGAGCAAAUCAACAACCUGAAGGAGGAAAUCACGCAGAAGGUCGUCCUGGAAGCGGCCUCCAAGCUGGAACAGGAGGAGGGUAGCCCUUUCCUCGAUGGAGUUACCGAGGAGAAAGUCGCUUCGGCUGUCGACUCGGGGCUCGAGGAGUUGAGGAAGAGGAAGGUCCAGUUGUCAUCCUAA